AUGCGGGUGUACCUGGUCUCUCCAGGCACGCCGGAACCCCCGCGAAUUCCCAAUCCCCGCGCCGCCAUUGGUCCCAUUAUCUUCGAGCCAGAUCGAGACGUCACCACCUCACAUUGUCACGGCCUUGACGAUUCCACAAUCGGGCAUUCGGCAUCCGUGAAUGUACAAAGAAGCACUUCAGCACAGGCAGUUCCCCUUGUUUCACGUGCCCGUCUCAGUCGUAGGCAAACCACACGAGGGGCCUGCCUGUUGUGCAAAACGUCCUUCAUCAACCCAGCGACACCAAAUAUCGAUCACCAAUUCAACAUCACCACCACCACCAGAGCCAGGGACGCCGGCGGACCACCCUGUACCGUACCGACCCAGCUGCCCAUCAUGGUCGGCGUCAGAGAUCCUGCCCUCAUCGACGACCACGUCAAGCCCCCUCCGAGGCCCGACUUCUCGGCCCGUCCUCCCCGCUUCCUCAUCAUUGGCGCCGGAUCUCGAGGCCAGUGCUACGCCAACGCCAUUGACAGCGUCUCCAACGGCGUCGUGGCCGCCGUCGCUGAGCCGAUCCGUUUCAAACGAGACAUCCUCGGCCGUAGGCAUAUAUGGAAGGACGCCACGCCAACCGAGGCCCAGAGCUUCUCCCACUGGCGUGACUUUGUCGAGUACGAGCAGCAGCGUCGUCGCCGUGUCGCCGCGGGAGACGAGGAUGUGCCCGAUGGAGUCGACGGUGCCUUCGUCUGCGUCCUCGAUGAGAUGCACUGCGAAGUCGUCGUAGCCCUCGCCGCGCUAGGACUGCACAUCAUGUGCGAGAAGCCUCUGGCGACGAGGCUCGGCGACUGCCUCGCCAUGUACCGCGCCCUCAAGCCGCUGCAGGACUCGGCCGUCUUCUCCAUCGGCCACGUGCUGCGCUACAGUCCCCACAACCUCAUGCUUCGCAAGCUGCUCGUGGAGGACCGCAUCCUCGGCGACAUCAACAGCGUCGUCCAUACCGAACCCGUUGGCUGGUGGCACUUCACCCACUCCUUUGUCCGGGGGAACUGGCGCAACGACAAGACGAGUGCCCCCUCCCUCCUGACCAAGAGCUGCCACGACAUCGACCUUCUUCUGUGGAUCCUGUGUUCCCCUGAAAAGGCCGGCCAGGGGCAUCCCCAUCUGCCCGAGUACAUCUCCUCGACCGGCGGUGUCCAGUUCUUCAAGAGGAGCCGCAAGCCCGCCGCCGCCGGGGCCGCGACCAACUGCACCCGCUGUCCGCUGGGCGACUCGGGCUGCAAGUAUUCGGCCAAGAACAUCUACAUCGGCGACACGGUCGGUCUUGGCCGUGGCAACACCAAGUGGCCCAUCGACAUUGUCGUGCCCGACAUCGAGGACUACAAGACACACCAAGAGCGUGUCGCCGCCAUGACGGCCGUCCUCGAGGAGGACUGGGACGAGUCGACUGCCGAGAAGGUGGUCCGCUCGCGCAACUGGUUCGGCCGAUGCGUCUUCGAGGCCGACAACAACGUCUGCGACGACCAGUUCGUCACCAUCACCUGGCCCGAGACCGAGCGGCCGGCCAAGCGGGUGACGUUCCACAUGGUGGCCCAGACUACGCGUCAGUGCGAGCGCUUCUCUCGCUUCUACGGCGAACACGGCGAGAUCUACGCCGAUUCGCGCACCAUCGUCUUCGAGGACUUUGCCACGGGUGAGACCAAGACGUUUGAGCCGCACCUCGAGGACCUUGGCCAUGGCGGCGGCGACAAGGGCCUCACCCGCCAGUUCGUCCUCGCCUGCGACCGGGUCAAGAACCACGACUGGGCGGCGCGGGACUCGCAGAACGAGUUCAUUGGCUGCACCCUAGACGAGGUGAUUCGGAGCCACGCGAUGGUGUUUGCGGCCGAAGAAGCCCGGGUCGAUAACAAAGUUGUUCACUGGUCGCAGUACUGGCAAGACGCCGUAGUCAAGGUGGUCGGGACGUAG